AUUUCAGCAUCACGCUUACGUGCAGGUGCACACACACACACACACACGUGUGAACUGGGUUGUGAUGGAAAACUGGAUUUCUUCCAUGGUCACAGUCAAAAGUAUUUGAAAGUCCCGAUUCUGUAAGGACCCUUUUCCUGUGGGCGGGUGGGUCUGGGGCUUGCAAAUGCCCUGCCCGGAAGUUCGCAGCAUCACACACCCUAGCACCCAGCCCUGUCCUACAGGCUGUCCCAGGCUUGCUGAGAAGGCAGCUCUGUUGAUUGCUUUUAGAGGAAACAUGAGAGGCCUGUAGGUCAGAGUGCCGGGGCUCCCGUCCCUGGCUGUGUCACUCAGCAGACAUCUCCUCUUCCAUGGUCUCAGACAAAGGGGACUCACCCCACCCCAACCUGACAGUGGCCGGCACUUGAAGGAGGGGCAUCGUGAGCUCCCAUGCAGGUUCUGGGACUCUGGGGGUUAAUUCUCAGAAUGCACCCAUUUCCUAUCCCAACCCCAUCCCUAACGCUUUGGUUACGUAGAUGUAGAUGGACCACAAUUCCUGAUUUGUUUGGCUUUUUAAAUUUUUAUUUAUUAUAUUUGAAAGGCAGAAAACCCAUCCACUGGUUCAUUCCCCUAAAUUCCAAUAAUAGCAGGGAUGAACCCAGCUGCAGCCAGAAACCAGGAACUCCAUCUGGGUCUCCCACCUGGCAAUCGGCAGGAAGCUGGACUCAGGAGCGGAGCGGUGGCUCGAGCUCAGCCGUGGGGCACGAGCAGCCCGAGCACACACACUGUUUCCAGUGCCUGCUCUGCAGUGCUUGGGUUUCACACCCGCCAUCUCUCAUCUUUUUAAUUAAUUUAUUCAAUUCUAUGAACAGCCCUGGUGAACGCACCCCUAAGCCAACAACUAGAAUGCUGCCACUCAGCGUCUGCUCCAGUUCAUACGCGCCCCCAUCAGUCCUCGAAACUUCCUGUUCUGCAUCCUCAACGCUGGUGCCAGGGGCACUGGCCUGCACAGCGUCAGGAACUCUGCAAUGGCUACGGAAGUGACGGCUCAGCUGGCUGAACACCCACUGCCGAGUCCCAGACUCUCUAGAGACGAAUCGAGACUGGAACAGGAAACCCAGGGGCCGGGCCAGCGGAGUCCCCAGAGGGCCCAGGGGCAGCGAGCGCUGCUUAGCAUAUCCAGAGUCCAUCUGUACUCCUGCAGAGGGACACCCUCCAGCCAGGGCCGCCAGCAGGGAGUGCAGACAGCCAUCAGUCCAAAGGCUGAGCUGAAAGCCGAGAAGAAGCCAGGCCACAGGCCACGGAGCCAGGGGGACGGAGGGCCACAGAGAGAGCUGGUGAUCCCAGGAGUCGUGGAUUUUGAGCUGAUCCCGGAGACGGUGACGACCCCCAAGCCCCAAACCCCUGGCUCCUACCGCUUUGGCCGCCUCAGCCACCACUCCUUCUUCUCCCGGCACCACCCUCACCCUCAGCACGUGACCCACAUCCAAGAUCUAACCGGGAAGCCCGUCUGUGUCGUCAGGGACGAGUUCUCUAUGGCACCCUUGCCUGAGUCCACACCCUUGUCUCGCUGUCUGAUGGGGAUGCCCACCAUCUCCAGCCCCAUCGGAGACCCCCAGUCCAACCGGAACCCUCAGCUUCCUUCUGAGGCCUGGAAGAGGGAACUCAAGGAGCUGUCUUCCCGGGUGGCCACCUUCACCAAGGAGAAUGAGCUGAAGACCCAAGAGCAGAAGGAAGAGCCUCUGCGGGAGCAGGGGGCAAAGUACUCGGCCGAGACGGGUAGGCUCAUCCCGGCUUCCGCCCAAGCUGUUGGCCGCCGCAGCUCCCGCCAGCGGAGCCACCGCGCGGGCAGAGAUGGAGGAGUGCAAGGCUUCCUCCUGCAGGAUCAGGAUCUGCUGCGCGACCUCGCCUCGCCAGGAAUUAGGUUCUCAGGUCCCGUGGGGAGGGGGCACAGGGCAGGACUCCAGGGGCUCCACCUCCCUCCAUGGGCCCCGAGCCCCACCCGCCGAAGCCCCAGACACCCUAAGAAGGCUGGCCUAGGGAGCCCCCAUAGCCCAUCCGAGCCGGAACUGGACCUUUUCCUGAUGCUACUUGGCUGGAGAGCACAGGGGAAGUUGAGCCCUGAAGUAGCAAAGACGCCACAGGAGGAAGAGGAUGCGGCCAGGAGGGAAUCCCACGCCGGGCAUCUGGCAGCGGCAGCAGCCCACCCUGAGCCCCAGGCUGCCCAAUGGGGCAGCCCCACCUCCCCACUAACAGCGCCAGACUCUGGGAGCUCCAGGGUGGGGAGGCCUGAGGGGGUCCUGAGAUCCCCACAACAAGGACCCAGCCACAUGGGACUCGGUCCUGGAGCUCCUUUGUCAGAUCCUGCAGACAGACUCGCUGAGCGCCAUCCAGUUCUGGCUACUCUACGCUCCCCCCAAGGAGAAAGACCUGGCUCUAGGACUCCUACAGACAGCGGUGGCUCAGCUCCUCCCUCAGCCUCUGGUCUCCAUCCCAGCAGAAAAGCUCCUGCACCAGCUCCAAGAAGUCCAAGAACCACCACCACAAGAGAAGCCGCAGCCAGCUUCCAGUCAAUCCCCGAAGAAAAUGAAGACCCCACCUCUACCCAAAAGCGAAAAGCCAGAGUACAUCGGGAAAGCGCAGGUCCUGCGGAUGCCCUUGAGCCUGGACAAAGGCGAAAAACCAUCAGAGGCAAAAGCAGGGAGCUGAGAAGUGCAGAGCCCAGCAAGGCACCUUGGCCCGCCUGGCACCAAGGCAGCUCCCAAGUCUGGGAGAACUUCGGCCCCAACCGCUUCAACAGCAGCUCCUAAACUCCUCGCAGAGUCUUCCAAAUAAAAGUCUGUCUUCGCUUCGGGAGGACAGGCCCGCUCCCCCAACACUGAAAGCUCUGUGCUUGUGUUCAGCUGCACAGAACCAGUCCUCCCCAAGGGGCCGACCUGGUUCCAGAAUGUUCCAAGAACCGCAGGGCAACUGGUUUAGCUGGGGUGGCCUGAGAAACAGGCCCUGCACCUCCCGCAGUCAAGACAGGGUUCUGGGGAGGCUAGGGCAGAAGUCAGGGAAGGGAUGCACAGGGUGCCUUAGAGUGAACAUGUUCCCAGUGCCCGAGUUUCUGCGGGCUGGGCACAGAGGCAGUGGCUUGGGUAACGGAGCUGUUUCACACACUGCAUAAACAAUGGCGUCUCCACAAAGCCCUACAAGGUAGAGGAUCAGCCGCUCUGUGCACGUUUUGCUUUUUUUUCUUAACAUCAUAAAACUUCCACGCUAAGUGCACAGUGCAGCGGCAUUCAGUGCGUUCACAGUGUUGCACGACCAGCACCGCCACCCUCUGCAGAGCUGAACCCGCACCAUCAGGCAGUAGCUUCCUUGCAUUAUCUGGUCCAUUUCUCAACGCUGCAAUGAAAUUCCUGCAGCUGGACAGGAGGCGCCAGGGUCCACCUCCAGUGAUGCCCUUCCUGCACUGGCACAGGUCAUCACAUGGCGAGAGACAGGAACACACGUGGGUAUAGUGUGUCUCUUCUGGCCUCUCUCCCUUUUCUUAAAAAAGCACCUGGAUUCAAUGGGGGAGCUCCAUCCUAAUGAUCUGUAAUCCUACUUGCCUCCCAAAGGCUGACCUCCAAACACCUUAGUUUAAUGAAUUAAGUUUCCUCUCUCUGAACACCAACACACGAACCCCAGACGACACACUGAAAAUACGGCAUCCCGCACCUGGCCCCCAAGGCUCGUGUCCCUUUCACAGUGCAAGACCCAGCAGUUCCUUCCCCAGCAUCCCAGAGCCUCAACCCUUGCCAGCAGUCACCCGAAAGCCCAAAGUCUUGGGGUUGGCACUGUGGCACCAGUGGGUUAAAGCCCCCGCCUGCGGCACUGGCAUCCCCUAUGGACACCGGUUCAAGUUCCGGCUGCUCCACGUCCGAUCCAGCUCCCUGCCUAUGUGCCUGGGAAAGCAGCAGAGGAUGGCCCAAGUGCUUAGGCCCCUGCACCCAUGUGGGAGACCCAAAGGAAGCUCCUGACUCCUGGCUUCAGAUCGGUGCAGCUCCUAACAUUGCAACCAUUUGGGGAGUGAACCAGCAGAUGGAAGUCUGUCUGUCUGUCUCUUCUCCAUCUGUCUCAACCUCUCUCUGUAAACCUGCCUUUUAAAUAAAUAAAAUAAAUUUUUUUAAAAAAAG